CCGAUCUGGACCAACACCCGACCAGGACCAAGACUGGAUCGCCGAGACGGCUCCGAUCGCAACCCGCCGUCGCCGCCGUGAUGAGACUUGCUGCAGAGCCUGCCUUUCUGGCCCUGAGGGUCAGCCAAACUCUGGCCCAACAGCCCCCUCGAUACAUGCGCUCCGUCGUCCGCAGGGCCCACGGCCACCAGAUCAUGGUGUUGUCAACCUCUUCCAGAGCGCUGGCCCAGCGCACCGAUUCGGCCGACCACAUCUCACAGGCCCUGAAGAAGGCCACCCCGCCGCGGUCAUCCAUGCAGCGGUAUUUUUCAGAGCCCUUCGAUAUCCUGUCGCAUGGCAUGACCUCUCUGGCUGGAGCCAUGUGGUCCGUCUCGGCGCUGUUCUUUGGAACCCUGGUUGGCCAAAAGCCCACCAGCCGUGUGGAUAUCCGCAACAUGCACAGGUUGAAGCAUGACAUUGUCCGCAUCCCGACGCCGCUCGUGUUCCUGGUGAUGCCUUGGUUCUGGCCAGUGCUGCCGUCGGCGCUCGGGCGAUUCACAGGGCUGUUCCCGUCGUCAUUCUAUACGGACUCUGCAUAUAUCGCCAAGCUCAAGCGCAGCCAUGAGCAUCGCAGCCACUUGGGUCCCAAGAUCGUGGCCGACUAUUCCAAAUUCGCCCAGAAGCUUGAGGCCACUGAUCCGUCCGACUUUCAUGUGCGAAAGUGGGGACAGAUGGUUGCCAAGAACAAGCCUUCGUACGGCGACUUUCUGGUGAUCUAUCCCAUGAUCAAGACCCACGGAAACUGCCUGAACCUGCCGCUGGGUCAGGCCGCCUCCAUGACCAGCUACCUCGGCAAGACGGUCCCAUACUACCUUCCUCGCCUGGCGGUGGCCAAGUGGGCCCACUGGAUCGUGACCGACGACACGCUGAUCCGUCGGGAAGGUGUCAAUCAAAUGAGCGACUUUGAGCUCUGUGAGGCCCUGGAGGAGCGAGGCUUUAUCGAACUGCACAACAAGAGCCGCGAGCAGCUCAUCGUGCUGAUGAACAAGCACCUUCAGUACAUGGAUCACGUCUUCCGAACUGUCCGCCAGGUUGCUGCAACCGAAGCCGCCCGUCUUGGAAAGGGCGCUCUGGCCCCAGAAGUCGAUGUCCAUGGCCUGACUGCGCUGGACUAUCCUGCCAUUGGCACCUUGCUGAUCCUGUCCCGAAGCUUCAUGAACAUCACCUCUGGCGAUCACAGAUAGAGUACUUGCAAAUGGAUCGGGCAGCUCUGCAUGGAUGGCCGCUGGCCACUCUCUCCGGAUCCUGAAUACAUAUGUCCACUCUCCCCACUGC